AUCAGAUCAGGAGCUUCGGUUGGUAGAGAUCCAGAAGUCUCGUUCAUUUUCCCAUUAUCUCCGCUCAUUCCAGUUUACUUUCUCAUAAUUAACAUUCUCAGCCAUGUCUGCUUCCUUUAGAACAAUUGCCCCGUUUCUACGGACGGCACGGUACGCCCUCCGAAGGCCAGCCAACCCUCUCGUCUCGCUGCAACGCCAGAGCCCGUCACCUGUCCUCAACCUCGCCCGGACGUACGCUGUCUUCGAGAGGACCAAGCCGCACGUUAAUAUUGGCACAAUUGGUCACGUCGAUCAUGGCAAGACCACACUGUCAGCAGCCAUUACUAAGAGGCAGUCGGAGAGAGGAAUGGGAAACUUCCUUGACUACAGCUCCAUUGACAAGGCCCCCGAGGAGCGGAGGCGUGGCAUUACCAUCGCGACUUCGCAUCUUGAGUACUCGACCGAGAAGAGGCACUACUCCCACGUCGACUGCCCCGGUCACGCCGACUACAUCAAGAACAUGAUCACGGGUGCCGCCAACAUGGACGGCGCCAUCAUCGUCGUUGCCGCCUCGGACGGACAGAUGCCCCAGACCCGAGAGCACCUGCUGCUCGCCCGGCAGGUCGGCGUCCAGCGCAUCGUCGUCUUCGUCAACAAGGUCGAUGCCAUCGACGACCCGGAAAUGCUGGAGCUCGUCGAGAUGGAGAUGCGCGAGCUCCUCAACACGUACGGCUUCGACGGCGAUGAGACUCCCGUCAUCAUGGGUUCGGCACUCUGCGCUCUCGAUGGGAAGCGGCCCGAGAUCGGCGAGCAGAAGAUCGAUGAGCUCAUGAACGCCGUUGAUGAGUGGAUCCCGACCCCCGUGCGUGACAUGGAGAAGCCCUUCCUCAUGUCUGUCGAGGACGUCUUCUCGAUUGCCGGCCGUGGAACUGUCGCGUCUGGCCGCGUUGAGCGCGGUGUCUUGAAGAGGGAUUCCGAAGUGGAGCUUGUUGGCAAGGGCACCGAGGUCAUCAAGACGAAGGUCACCGAUAUCGAGACCUUCAAGAAGUCGUGCGAGGAGUCCCGCGCCGGUGACAACUCCGGUUUGUUGCUCCGGGGUGUCCGCCGUGAGGAUGUCAGGCGAGGCAUGGUGAUCGUCGCGCCCGGCACCGUCAAGUCCCACACUCAGUUCCUCGUCUCGCUCUACGUCCUCACAAAGGAGGAGGGUGGACGGCACACUGGAUUCCACGAGAACUACCGACCGCAGAUGUAUGUCCGAACCGCCGAUGAGAACGUCGCCCUGUUCUUCCCCGAGGGCACCGAGGACGCAUCUUCCAAGAUGGUCAUGCCCGGAGACAACGUCGAGAUGGUGGCCACUCUCCACCAGCCUGUUGCCGUCGAGGCGGGCCAGCGGGUCAACAUCCGCGAGGGCGGCCGGACUGUCGCAACCGGCCUCGUUACUCGCAUCCUCAAGUAAAUGGGUCUGUCCGUUGAUACAGAAGCUGGUUCCUGGUGAGCUGAUGCAGGAGGUAUCGCUCGGAUAUUGGGGGGUCUACGGAUUGGGCAGGUCGUACGGAGUUCCCAAAGUCAUAAAACUGUACAAUUGUAAGAUAAUGAUGUGUACGAGACCCCUGCGUCGGGCACCUGUAUAUUGGGGCUGGGCUUCUGCAUCUCCACUCUUGUUCCUCUUGGCUUUUGUCGUGUAGUUAUAGACAAAAGAUAGGGCAAAUAUUAGAGGCUCCAAAAUGCAGGCUGUUGUUCACAAGGGUACCUAUUUCAUCGAGGCGUGUCUCCCAGGCUCCUCCAUAUGGGCAUAAUCAGCUUGACGGGAUGAAGAUGGCUUAGGGGAUAACCAUCCCGACGAAGAGUAGAAUAAUUAUAGGAGCUUGGGCGCUCCGACAUCAUGAAUUCCAC